GUCGAACGCAGAAUUAGGGAGCGGGCAGAGGCCGGCGCGGGGCUGUUGCUCAGCAGGCCGGGCCUGGCGUUGGGCCCCGGGCCUACCACCCGGGAACUCUGCGCCUGCGCCCGCCCGGCCGCCUCCCGCUCUCCUGGUCUCGGCUGCAGCGCGCCGCCUGGGUGUCUGGGCGAUCCAUGGGCAGCAGCGAGGGCCACGAUGACAGAUUACGGAGAGGAACAGCGCAACGAGCUGGAGGCUCUGGAGUCCAUCUACCCCGACUCCUUCACAGUAUUAUCAGAAAAUCCACCCAGCUUCACCAUUACUGUGACAUCGGAAGCUGGAGAAAAUGAUGAAACUGUCCAGACUACCCUCAAGUUUACAUACAGUGGAAAUUACCCAGAUGAAGCUCCCCUUUAUGAAAUAUUCUCCCAGGAAAACCUAGAAGAUAGUGAUGUCUCAGACAUUUUAAAAUUAUUAGCAUUACAGGCUGAAGAAAAUCUUGGUAUGGUGAUGAUCUUUACUCUAGUGACAGCUGUGCAAGAAAAAUUAAAUGAAAUAGUAGAUCAGGUAAAAACUAGAAGAGAGGAAGAAAAGAAACAAAAAGAAAAAGAAGCAGAAGAAGCUGAAAAGCAAUUAUUCCAUGGCACUCCUGUUACAAUUGAGAAUUUCUUAAGUUGGAAAGCCAAGUUUGAUGCAGAACUCUUGGAAAUUAAAAAGAAACGAAUGAAAGAAGAAGAGCAAGCAGGAAAAAAUAAAUUAAGUGGGAAACAGCUGUUUGAAACAGAUCAUAAUCUUGACACAUCUGAUAUCCAGUUCUUGGAGGAUGCUGGAAACAACGUGGAGGUAGAUGAGUCUUUGUUCCAGGAAAUGGAUGACUUGGAGCUGGAGGAUGAUGAGGAUGACCCAGACUACAAUCCUGCUGACCCAGAGAGUGACUCAACCGACUAAUGGACUGUCUCCAUCUGCAGAGAGGCUUGACUGCCACAGCAUCUGUGGCUAUGCUGAGAGGGCUUUGAUUUUCCUUUCUUUUUUUCUAAGAAAAAAUAAUUUUCAGGAGAAUAUUCUUCUGAUAGCUUUCUUCAUUGAACUUAAUAAACUGAUCUUAAAAUUUCAAAUACAAAA